AGCUGUCCCUGCCAAGACUGAAGCAAAGUCUAAGGCUCUGAAGGCCAAAAAGGCUGUGCUAAAAGGAGUACACAGUCACAAGAAGAAGAAGAUCCGAACCUCUCCUACAUUCCGGAGACCCAAAACCUUGAGGCUCAGGAGGCAACCCAAAUACCCAAGGAAAAGUGCCCCCACUAGGAACAAGCUUGACCAUUAUGCCAUAUUAAGUUCCCUCUGACAACCGAAUCUGCUAUGAAGAAGAUUGAGGACAAUAACACUCUGGUUUUCAUUGUUGAUGUCAAAGCAAACAAGCACCAGAUUAAACAAGCCGUGAAGAAGCUGUAUGACAUAGAUGUAGCCAAAGUGAACACCCUCAUUAGGCCAGAUGGUGAGAAGAAGGCAUAUGUACGUCUUGCUCCCGAUUAUGAUGCUCUAGAUGUUGCUAACAAGGUAAAGUUCAAGGCUUGUCUACUUUCCUAA